AUGGUGUCCGCAUCCCCAAUUGUGAAUGAUGCCGUUGUGGACUACGCGGGCCUGGGCCAUCAGCAGGCCCAGCCAGAGGCACGCACCUCCCGCAAGUGGUACUUCCUUGGUGCCGGCCUGGCUCUUCUCGGCGUCGCCGGGGUCGUGGCCAAGGCAACGAGCUCCGGUGACGCUCUGUUUUCCUCGAAAUCCGGACUGAAAGGUACCAUCCAGGCCGCAGAGACCUGGGAGGAGCUGCCGGGUAUUGACAAGGUCAUUCGCAAGGCUCAGAGCUUGAAGCAGGACAAGCCGAUGCGCAAUCUGCAGGAUCUCUUCUAUGACUCCCAACCUGAGGAGCUGCCUUGGAUCCGCACGGAGUGCGUCAUUGACACCGUGCAGGCAGCCGCCUACCUUGGCCAGGCUGUCGUGUUCCUCUACAAGGCCAUUGACUACGAUGGCCUUGAGUGCCCGAACAACUCUCCUGUUGGAUGCGCCGCCAGCGUCGCCGGCUUCAUCACGUCCAUCAGCUGGAUCGCCUCGUACCUCUCCUUUGCGGCGAACGCCUGUGGCCAGGCUGUCAACAACGGUGCGUUGUGUGCUGGCGAUUUCACAGCUCUCAUGGCCAACUUCGGCGAGAUCGCCACCGUGGGUGCCGCUGCCAGGGCGGACUGCGACUUCGGCAAGAAUGCCCUCCAGAUCCUCACGCGCACG